AACUGAAUCAGAAGCUCACCUCCCUCCGGCCCUGCCCUAGGGUCCCUCUGUCUCCUGAGCACCCAUCCUAAUGUCAUCUACCAGGGCAGAGCCAUGAGCCACCAGAUCCUGCUACUCCUGGCCAUGCUGACCCUGGGCCUGGCUAUCUCUCAGCGUCGAGACCAAGUGCCCUGUAGGACGGUGAACAAGGAGGCCUUGUGCCACGGUCUUGGCCUGCUUCAGGUCCCCUCGGUGCUCUCGUUGGACAUCCAAGCUCUCUACUUGUCCGGGAACCAGCUGCAGAGCAUCCUGGCCUCCCCGCUGGGCUUCUAUACAGCACUCCGUCACCUGGAUUUAAGUGACAACGAGAUUAGCUUCCUUCAGCCUGGGGUCUUCCAGGCCCUGCCCUACCUGGAGCACCUCAACCUGGCCCACAACCGGCUUGCCAUGGGCAUGGCACUGAACAGUGGUAGUCUGGGCCGCCUGCCCCUCGUGGUCUCCCUAGACCUGUCUGGGAACAGCCUGUAUGGCAGUCUGGUGGAGCGGCUGUUGGGUGAGGCCCCGAGGCUUCGCACACUCUCACUGGCAGAGAACAGCCUCACGCGCCUUGCACGCCACACCUUCUGGGGCAUGCCAGCAGUGGAGCAACUGGACCUCCACAGCAAUGUUCUCAUGGACAUCGAGGAUGGUGCCUUUGAAGCCCUGCCCCACCUGACCCACCUCAACCUCUCCAGGAACUCCCUCACGUGCAUCUCAGACUUCAGCCUCCAGCAGCUGCAGGUACUUGACCUGAGCUGCAACAGCAUUGAGGCCUUCCAGACUGCCCCGGAACCACAGGCCCAGUUCCAGCUGGCCUGGCUUGACCUACGGGAGAAUAAACUGCUCCACUUCCCUGACCUGGCUGUGUUCCCGAGACUCAUCUACCUGAAUGUGUCUAACAACCUCAUCCAGCUCCCUGCGGGGCUGCCCCAGGGCAGUGAGGACCUCCAUGCACCCUCUGAAGGCUGGUCAGCCUCUCCACUGUCCAACCCCAGCCGGAAUGCCAGCACCCACCCCCUCUCCCAGCUCCUGAACCUGGAUCUGAGUUACAAUGAAAUUGAACGGGUCCCUGCUAGCUUCCUUGAGCAUCUGACCUCGCUACGCUUCCUCAACCUCAGCAGAAACUGCCUGCGAUCCUUUGAGGCUCUGCGAGUGGGUUCCCUGCCUUGCCUGAUGCUUUUGGACUUGAGCCACAAUGUGCUAGAAGCAUUAGAACUGGGUACCAAAGUCCUGGGGUCCCUGAAGACAUUGCUUCUGCAGGACAAUGCCUUGGGAGAACUUCCACCCUACACCUUUGCCAGCCUGGCCAGCCUGCAGAGGCUCGACCUACAGGGAAACCAGGUCAGUCCCUGUGGGGGACGAGCAGAGCCCGGUCCCCUGGGCUGUGUGGACUUCUCUGGGAUUCCCACCCUUCAUGUUCUUAACAUGGCAGGGAACUCGAUAGAAAGGCUCAGGGCAGGCAGCUUUCUCCACACCCCACUUACUGAGCUGGACCUCUCUGCCAAUCCUGGUUUGGAUGUGGCCACGGGAGCCUUGGUGGGCCUGGAGGCAUCCUUAGAGGUGCUGGAGCUUCAAGGCAACGGACUGAUUGUCUUGAGAGUGGACUUGCCCUGCUUUCGUCGUCUCAAGCACCUUAACCUUGCUGAGAACCGGCUAAGCCACCUGCCUGCUUGGACACGGGCUGUGUCCCUGGAGGUGCUGGAUCUGCGGAACAACAGCUUCAGCCUCUUGCCAGGCAAUGCCAUGGGUGGCCUGGAGACCAGUCUCAGGCGGCUGUACUUGCAGGGUAAUCCACUCAGCUGCUGCGGCAAUGGCUGGCUGGCGGCCCAGUUGCACCAGGGGCGAGUGGAUGUGGAUGCUACUCAGGACCUAAUCUGUCGCUUUGGCUCCCAGGAGGAGGUGUCCCUGAGCCUAGUGCGUCCAGAGGAUUGUGAGAAGGGAGGGCUGAAGAAUGUCAACCUCGUCAUCAUCCUCAGCUUCACACUGGUCUCCGCCAUAGCCCUCACCACACUGGCCACCUGCUGCUUCCUCCGCAGGCAGAAGCUCAGCCAGCAAUACAAAGCCUGACCUCUUCCCGCUCACUGCUCACCAUGGAAGCCAGAGGGGCGGAGAAGUUGGGGUCCAGCUCAGGUUACACAGUGGCCAGGGACUUGGUGUCCCAUUUUACUGCCACAUGGGCAGGUUCCUUUCCUGGCUGCAUAUGUGGUCCAGCUGUGGAGCUCAAAGUGGGGCGGUUUGCUGAACAGAGGAUGCCAACAGUUCUCCACUGAGCAUUUGUUUGAGGCCACACCCAUCUCUGUCUCUGGGUACUAGUGAAUGAUACAUGUGCCUUUCCUCUGGCAAGAUUGGCUGUCACAGAGCCACACAGUGACCAUGUAGUAUGAUGGGCUUGAGGUGGGGAAGCAAUGGGCCCCCAGAUGCUGCAGUCCGCAGCUGGUGAUGGAGAACCCACCCUGACUGUCUGUGUUAGAGCAAGAGAGUGGCAAACCCGUGAGGAUUUGUCAGAGUCCUUUCCACCCAGAGCUCUGUCGCAUCUGCUGAUAAUGACUUUCAGCCUCUCUGGAAAUGAAGAACUUGUGACCUGAAGAGAGAGUCAGAACCUCCCCCAGAGGUCUUAAAUCUAGGCUCCUAGGCUAGAUUGUGGAGCUCCAGCUGAACCAGCUUAAGAUCUGGUCACCUAGGCUGCCAUGCAGGCCCGGUCCAUCUCGUGUCCUGCCUUGGACAGGCCUUUCUCUCCAGUGCACUCUUCUGUCACACACACUGACCCUGGUGCUACCUGUUUCCAAACCCCUGCUCAGGCCUCCUUCAGUCCCAGCUCCACCCUGGCUUUUGAGCCAAGAGGGAGAGCCUCAGCUAUCUGGUUCUGCUUUGCACUUAGCAGCUGCAGAGGUGAAUUCAAGCCAACUCUCAGAGGUUUCUAUGUUAUCUGGGUUAUACACAAGAAGAAAACAAGGUUCCUUAUGUGUCUCCUUUGAGAGCCUCAUGGCUGAGAGAGAUGCCGAAGCCAAAAAUGAGUCAAGUCCAUGUCCUCCCAUCUCUGGGGCAGAGGCCUUGCCAGGGCGGGGCCUGCAGGCUGUCAAGUGGACAGGAAGUGGACCUGCCCUAACCAGGAUCCAAGCAUACAUGCUGCAUAUACGCACUCCCGCUGAGACAGGCACCCACAGACCCUCUGCUUCCCUGCCUCAGUGUCCCUCAGUGCAGAGGUGUAUGAAUUCUUCCUUUCUCUACUUGCUCCCAAACUCUCAUUCCUGGAGUUUGAAACCAUUGGGUGUCAUCUCCCCACUGAACAAAUAGGGAAAUUAGGUGCAGGGCCUUGCUCAGAAUCAUACAAGCCUAUAGUAGAAGCUGUGGGGAGAAAAGCAGCUGGACCCUUGUGCAGCAGUAGAGCGUUUGCUUUGUAUGCUCAAGGCCCUGAGCUAGCUGCCCAGCAGCUGUACCUGUGGUCCCUAUGCUCAGCAGUCACAGCACGGGAUGAGGCCAGCUAUCAUGCCAACCCUCACCAGGCAUGGAAAAUAAGAAGACACACCCCACCCCACCCCCACUCACCACUCAUUCCCCAGACCCAUGGGUUGCAGGGAGGAAAGAGCGCCCUGGGCCCAGUCACAGAGCUUCCUCAGCACUCCUGUGCUUGGCCCACAGUCUGCCAGAGCAUCUGUAUAAGGAGGUGAAAACACCAUUCUCUCUGCCUCACUCUACAGGUGAGGGACUGAGGCCCAGAGAAGGUUAAAGGCUUGGAGGACCGAUGGACAGAUCCAGGGCUAGGACUCUCACUGGGGCAGCUCGAGGGGCCUAGGUGCUGCUGCACACGGCACUCCUCCUCGGCCUGGAGGCUGACACUGCUGCACACGGCACUCCUCCUCGGCCUGGAGGCUGACACAUAGCUCCUGUGCCCGAGCUCUGAAAACACUACAUCGAUGCUGCUCCCACCUCCCAGGACUGGCCUCUCCUAGGCCCUGGGACCUGCCCUUUGUAUAACUCACAUGAAUGUAUUAAAGUAUACUUUUGGAGAAA